UUAGUCGCUAAAUUGGUCUAAAACUUUGCGGGGGAAAUUACUUUUAAUAUUCGCGCCCUCGUCCAUUCUCGUUUCGAACAAACACAAAAGUCCUCUCUCUCACACAUCACCACCAAACCUCACCCCACCUCAUCUCAGCACAGUCCCUCACCACCGUCGCUCCCCGUACGUCGCACAUUGCCACGGCUGCAACCGCAAAUCACCAUCGCCACCGCCGCAGAUCACAGGUUCUCUCUCCCUCUGUCUCGCGCUAUCAGUCUCUUAGUCCUUCACAAGCAAGCAGGUUCUCUCUCCCUCUCUCUUGCUCUCUUUCUUUCACACAGGGAAUGAAUCACCACCGCCGCUCAUCUCACCGUUGCACAUGACUACCGCCUCUCAUCUUCCACUGUCGCACAUCAUCACACGGCCACUGCCGCUCACCAUUGUCUCGCCUCCCAUCGACAUUCAAGUUUUUCUUUCUCUCUCUUCCCAUUUCACUCUAACUCUAGAGUUUUAUUUUUUUUGAUGUUGUAGGAUUUUGAUUUCUGUGAAAUAAGUAAAUGGGUUUUGAUUUGUGUUCUAGAUUUAUGGUCUUUUGAACUGAUUAUUGGUGUGGUAGAUUAGAUUUAGUGAUUUGGCUGUAAUUUGUAAUCGAUUCUUUUCGCCAAUUGCUUUUUCCUCUUUACCACAGACGCAUGAGUUCCUCGCCCCAACCAACCUCCGAAGCUCUCAUCCACCAGGUAUUUCCUCCUUCUUCCUCUGUCUCUGUCUCUGUCUCUCUCUCUGUUUCACCCCUAAUUUGUGAACCCUAGCAUUUUUUUUCCUGCAGUGUUGCUGCUACUCUUAGCCACCACGGUUUCCACCAUCAGCCGCUAGUUUUACCCUCUCAAGUAACUCAAUCACUCUCAUGCCCUCAUUAUAUUUUUGGACGUGGCCCUGAUGUAGACAAGCAUACAGGUUUCUUUGUUUUGCAGCAUUUUAUUGCUUGUAAUAACUUCUCAAUGUCGGGUUCUUAAUUUUUACAAAUCAACACUCGUUUGAAAUUAAUUUGCACAAACACCAUGUUAAUUUUUCUCAUCUAUACUGCUUUUCAUCUGUUCUUGUUUCAUUCUCCUCUAUUUGGCUUGACUUGUUUCAUAUCAUUCUCUUUUUACCUUCUAAAAUAUUAGAUGAUGCUAUGGUGAAUAUCUCAUUGACGUAUCGGGUGAAGAAAAAUUGGCAAGGAGAUCCGUGCAAGCCAAUGAAUUCUUCAUGGAAUAAUGUAAAUUGCAGCUACAAUGGUAACAAUUCACCAAAAAUGACGUCAUUGAACCUUUCCUCUAGUGAUUUGACUGGGGAAAUAGCUCCUGCUCUGUUUGGUCUCAAAUCAUUGAAGUAUUUGGAUUUAUCAUACAAGACCUCAAAGAAGUCGUUCUUGGAAACAAAUGCUAAUAGGGGCGAUGAGGCCGGAACAGAGGAAGAGCAAGCAACAUUCAUGAAGGAGCUGGAAACUUUCCACGAAGAGAGGUGCUCGGAAUUCAAAACCCCAAGAUUUUAUGGAGAGCCAUUAAAUUGCCUCAAGUUAUGGAGAGCAGUCAUCAGACUUGGUGGCUAUGAACAGGUUUCCCAGAUUUUUUAG